GGGCCGAUGAUCGUCGGGGUCCAUACCUGAUGCGAAACCGCGGCACGUCCAGUCACUCCAGAGUCCAGCCUCUCAGGUUCCAUUGCUUUGGGCGCGAAGCUUGGAAACGAUCUGGGAUGCAACCAGGAUAAUCAAACCAUAUCCCUCUACGUCUUGGCUAUAUUAUUCUUAUCCUCCCCCGCGCUCGCAAUCGCGACUUUCUCUCCGAGAACCACGUCUUUAGGAGCAUCGUCCGUUUCUCACUGAGACCUUUGGACGCGUCGUUCAGCCUAUGUUUUGAGAUUCUAGCUACCCAUAUCAGCAUACCGUGAUAGGGUGGCAUACUCUCCAGCAUGAGUGAAAGGGAAACGCCCCAGGCGGCCCCAGUGGGCGCGACUGAAUAUGACGAGAAAAUCGAUUCCAAGCAGGGCUAUGAGCUGGACACCACGGAGUUCCGCAAUGACGGAGUGGGCGCCGAUGAGAAGGAGCCGGAAGGUUUCAACUUCAUCGACGACCCAUUCCGCCCCUUCGACGAUCUUCCAGACGAGCGCGACUGGAUUGUGACCUUCCGUGCCAUCUUCGUGGGCUGCAUUUGUGGUGCUCUGGUCAAUGCGAGCAACGUCUACCUAGGUCUCAAGACUGGAUGGACGUUCACUGCGAAUUUGUUCGGCGCCAUUGCUGGUUUCGCAGUCCUCAAGUUCCUUUCCAAGACGUUUGGCAAUAUUCCUUUCCUCGGAGGAUCAUUCGGACCGCGUGAGAACAACAUCGUUCAGACCGCAGCCACCGCAUCUGGAGGCAUGUCCAAUGCCUUCGUGUCUGCUCUCCCCGCGUUGUAUCAGCUCAACCUGCUGGAAACCCCCCAGGCGGACUUCUGGCGCAUUGUUGGAUUCACCGCCGUGGGUGGUUACUUCGGAUUCUUCUUUGCAACCCCUCUACGUAAAUUCUUUAUCAUUUAUGUGGCUCGCGAGCUCCGACUCAUUUUCCCAACGGCUUCUGCAACGGCCAUGACCAUUCGCAGCAUGCACCUGGCUGCCACGGGAGAGGCCGCUGCCAAGCUCAAGAUGGUAGCCCUCAGCUGGUCUUUUUCUGCUGCUUUAAUACUUCGAGUGGUCUCGCAAUAUGCCGUUGGUAUCCUGUGGGACUGGCACAUCUUCACUUGGUUCUUUAUCUGGGGCAACUACAACAACGGUGCCAUUGCCGCUGAGAACUGGUUCUGGGUGAUUGAGUUCACCCCUGCUUUCAUCGGUGCUGGUAUGCUUGUGGGAUUGAACGUUGCAAUCUCCUUCUAUGCUGGCAGUGUCAUUGCCUGGGGUCUUAUUGGACCCGUCCUGGUCCGUACUGGCUACGCGUUUGGCACCCCCGCGUCGGAAGAUCCGAAAUGGGAGGGAUAUAUCUCCUACGCGUCCCUGAGCGCAAAGUUCUCUACGAAGGACAAUCCUAGCCCGCGUUAUUGGAUGUUGUGGCCCGGUGUCCUCUGCAUGAUUGCCGUGUCCUUUGCCGAGUUAGCGAUGCAAUGGCGCAUCUUCGUCAUCGGAGGCAAGGCCAUCUAUCGGGGUGUCCAGAAGGGAAUCUAUGAAUUAUCCAAGAAGUCUGGCCGCGAGAUCACCUCUCUGCGUGGAAAAGGCGACCAGAAACCGGAAGACGCCGUCCUCGACCCUGCGGACCCGAGCGAAAGAGUUAAGAUGUGGAUGUACCUCCCGGGUCUCCUAAUUACCAUCAUCUGCAUUUGCGUUGUCAUGGGCGUACAGUUUGACAUGCCGGUCGGCGAAUCCCUCCUUUCCGUCUUCCUGGCAUUCUUCUUUUCCUUCCUCGCCAUUCAGUGCACCGGUGUCACCGACGUUACCCCUCUCACCGCCGCGUCCAAGGCUUCUCAGAUUGUCCUUGGAGGAGCUACGAAGGGCGAGAACUGGGAUAUUACCAAGGCUCAGCGACUCAACCUUCUGGGCGGUACGGUGGCCAACCUGGCUGCUAACCAAUCGACCGAUCUGGUGGCCGAUUUCCGUGUGGGGUUUUUGCUCCGCACCCCCCCGAACCAGCAAUGGCUUGCUCAAGGUAUUGGCACGAUCGUUGCCGUUUUCCUUGCUCCCGCCAUGUUCAUGCUCUUUGCUAAAGCUUACCCAUGUAUCCUUGAUGCUGAAAUCGAGGAUUGCCCCUUCUCUUACCCGUCCGUUGCAGCCUGGCGUGCAACUGCUGUUGCUGUCACCGACCCAACAUUCCCCAUUCCAGCCUCGUCCGGAAUCUUCGCCAUUGUUUUCUCCAUUGUCGGAGUGAUUAUGGUCCUCAUCCGCCACUAUGUUUGGACUGGGCGCCUCGAAUGGGUGCGGACCUAUCAUCCAAACAUGAUGUGCGUUGCCCUCGCAUUCGUCCUGCCGCAGUCUACCUAUGGCUGGGCGAUGAUUAUGGGUUCGGUGCCUGCUUAUUUCUGGGCGAAGAAAUUCCCCCACUCAUUUGACAUCUAUGCAUACGCGAUUGCGGCAGGUUUGAUUGCUGGAGAAGGAAUUGGUGGUGUCAUCAACGCCAUUUUCCAGAUCGCCGGCAUUAGUGGAGAUGUGUAUGGGACGAACAUUGCGUGCCCUGGAGAUGCGUGCUGAUUGCAUCCGAUUGCAAUGCUUGCAUUAUUUAUCAAUAUCCGUCAUUUCAGAUUUCAGUCUUGUUAUGUGGUAUGGCAACGACUGAUAAUGAACGGUCUAAUUCAAGAAAUU